UAAUUUCCACGAUUCUUUUAUUCGUUCAGAGAGUAGAGCAGAGAAAGCACGCCGCUCUGAGUCACACAACAGACACGCCGUGGACUCCUCGUGGCUGAGGCCGGCCUGAGCAUCACAGCGACCGGCACAUCAGACUGACGACAGAGGGGGCCGAGGGGGCGAGACGGGAAGCUUUGUGUGGCAGACAGAAGAGGAACCAGCUCAGCCAGCGAUGUCAGGGCUGAAGAAGAGAAGCUCCAACUCGUCCGUGAACAGGGAGGAGGAUAAGCAGGUCACUGAGAGGAUGCUGUCCCCGGGUAGCGGCAGUGAUAAGGGGGGCUUCGGUCAGGAUGGAGCACCGGGAAGCGACCUCAGCAGCCCCGGCAACGUCACAGCAGGAGACGGAGCGGAGGAAGGGGUCGCCCUGAAGAGGACCAUCACGCUGUUGAAUGGCGUGGCCAUCAUCGUAGGCACCAUCAUCGGCUCGGGUAUCUUCGUCACGCCGACAGGCGUAGUGAGAGAGGCUGGCUCUGUGGGUCUUUCCCUCAUAGUGUGGGCGGUGUGCGGGGUUUUCUCCACAGUGGGCGCCCUCUGCUACGCGGAGCUGGGGACCACCAUCACCAAGUCCGGCGGCGACUAUGCCUACAUUUUGGAAGUGUACGGCUCCCUGCCGGCUUUCCUCAAACUCUGGAUCGAGCUGCUUAUCAUCCGGCCGUCCUCCCAGUAUAUCGUCGCCUACGUCUUCGCCACCUACCUCCUGAAGCCGCUGUUCCCCGUGUGCUUGGUGCCGGAGACGGGGGCCAAGCUAGUGGCCUGCCUCUGCAUCAUGUUGUUAACCUUUGUGAACUGCUACAGCGUGAAGGCGGCCACCAGAGUGCAGGACUUCUUCGCGGCAGCCAAGCUUCUAGCGCUCGGGCUCAUCAUAAUCAUCGGAUUUGUCAAGAUUGGACAAGGUGAUACAGUCGGACUUCUUCCAGAGAAUUCCUUCAAGGGGUCCAAAUAUGAGUUUGGAAGUAUUGGCCUGGCACUCUACAGUGGCCUGUUUGCUUACGGUGGCUGGAUGAUUGCAUACUACUUUAAUAAUGUUGAAGCCCAGCCUCUGGGGAGGCCAGAUUUUGGUAACUACCACCUGGGUCCCAUGGCGUGGAUCAUCCCGGUGUUUGUAGGCCUGUCCUGCUUCGGAUCAGUCAACGGCUCAUUGUUCACAUCAUCCAGGUUAUUCUUUGUGGGUUCUCGGGAGGGUCACCUGCCCAGUCUGCUGUCAAUGAUCCACCCCACUCUGCUGACCCCACUCCCCUCACUUAUAUUCACUUGUUUAAUGACGCUGCUCUACGCCUUCUCCAACGACAUCUUCUCCGUCAUAAACUUCUUCAGCUUCUUCAACUGGCUCUGCAUCGCCAUGGCAAUCGUAGGAAUGAUGUGGCUCCGCUAUAAGAAGCCUGAGCUGGAUCGACCAAUAAAGGUGAACAUUCUGCUACCAGUGAGCUUUGUGUUAGCCUGCCUCUUCCUUAUCAUCGUCUCCUUCUGGAAGACUCCAGUCGAGUGCGCCAUCGGCUUUGGGAUCAUCGGCACCGGACUGCCCGUCUAUUUUAUUGGUGUGUGGUGGCAGACUAAACCCAAGUGGCUGCGAAAUGGAAUCCGUAAGUAA